AAUAACAGAAGAAAAUAAAAUUAUUUGUUUGGGGUGGGGGUAAAAGUGCUUCGUGACAGUUGAAGAUAGAAAACCCUGAACUCAGAAGCAAGGACUGAAAGAGUGCAGGCGGUUGCUGCUCAUUACCCUUUCCCUGCAACCCUUACCGAGAGCAGCAAUUUCAAUUUCUUUCGAACAACCAGAAAGGAUAUGGAAGGCACAUCGAACGGAGAUGAACCCAAAUCGUGGGACGAGCUUUACAACUUCAAUUUGAUGCCUACGGAGAUUUUCUUGAAGUUCAGGAAAGAGAUUCAGGGGUUCCGCGUUGGCGUUAAUUUAGAGUUGUAUAAUGCUCCCCUGAAUGACUACCAUGCGAAACUGGUUUUGAAACCUUUAGCGUUUGAGCGGAAAUGGAAGUUAAUGUAUGAGCCUUUAUACCAAGAUGUGCAGCUUGUUUCCAAGAAAAUUCCUAUAACAAAGUUCCUUAACCUUCAGGUAGGAGUGGGCCACAGCUUUCAGUUGCACGCUACAGGUUGGAAAUGGAAGCUGACAACAUCUUUGGGUGGAGAUGGUAUAUCCAGGAUUCGAAAUAAAACAUCUCUUGGUUUAUGUCCUGGAGUGGAUUUCCGGUUUGGGUGGAGGGCUGAUUAUGUUCUCCCUGAAAUUACUGGGGGUGUCGGCUCUGAUGAACCAUUGUUUAACAUGAAUUCUGGCCGGUUACAAGCGUCACUUGACCGGGUUGAGGCCAUUUUUACGCAUACUGAUGAAGAAUGAAGUGGAUUGGAGGUGUGCAUCAUCUGCAAAGUAAAUCAGCAGUGGUCUCUGCCCAUUUGAGUAGAAUUUCGAGUACAUGCAAUUUGCUAUUUCAUCUUCGUGCUGCUUCCCCAACCACUUUCUUUUUUGUUUUAAAUACAACUGGGCGAGUGCUGGCUGCCCUUUCAUGGUACAUAUCAAAGCAGGUAGGAAGAUUUAACCCCGGAAGAAGGUUGAUCAUGAAUGCUGCAAAAUUUUAAUUGAGCUAGUGAGCAUGCUUUUUGAGUUCAAAUUCUGUGCAGUUAUUCUUUGCUAUUAUGCCUUGAUGCAUGCAUUUUUCGAUUGAUGUUUCUGUUAGUAUUCAUGCCAUAUUAUAAUUUUGACCUUGUAAAUUCGAGGCUGGGUGUUUGUAAUGGGGUAUUCAAACAUUCAACCGAAAGGCAAGUAUUUCAUCUUAA